GCGUUACCAUGGGUAGCAACUGCUGUAAGGCGGACUCCGGUCGAGUUGUACGGGGCUCGUCGAUAUACACCAGGUAUCUGGUACUAAUACUACAAGAGUUGUUCGGGGUGGUUUGGGUGCUCAGAAUAUCGAGCAGAGCGGGAGCGUCCCUAGAUUCACGCUUCACCGUAUCUGAGGGCGCGGGGGGCGUGCGGCUGACCGUCACCGCGGCGCGAGAGCAGGACGGUGGCAUCUACACUCUGCAGGCCAGCAAUGCAGCUGGCAGGGACACAGCCCGCGUCCGUCUCGAGGUGUCCAACGAGACGAGCGGAGACGACCCGCCCUCGUUCGUGCGGAGGCUGCAGGACCUCACAGUGAAAGUUGGCACCAGGACGAGAUUCCUCGUCGAGAUCCUCAGCUCCACUGACUGCAAAGUAACAUGGUACCGCAACGAACGCCGCCUACUCGAAGCGGAGCGGGUAUCUCUCGUGCGCGACGGAAACUUUUGGUGCUGCGACGUUGCUUGUGUCAGCGUGGACGAUGCUGGACGCUGGACGUGCGCGGCCGAGAACAGAGGCGGGCGGGCGAGCUGCGCGGCGCAUCUCAAUGUGCUGGUGCCCAAAGCCUACAAGCGACCGGAGUUCGUGGAGGAGCUACGGGCCAUCCUGACUGAACAAGGGACUGUGUCAUUAGAGUGUAAGGUGGUCGGCGUGCCUACACCGGUUCUGAGGUGGUUUAAGGAUAGCCGAGAAAUCAAAGCGGGCGAUGUGUUCGCGCUAACAGCAAGCGCAGAAGACCCCACAUCGCUCGGCACAUACACUUGCGAAGCCGUCAACUGCAUGGGCAGAGCCUACUCUUCAUCCAAAGUGCACGUCACAAGAGGCCGCGAUGAAUCGAGACCGAGUUCAGCCGUGACCCCCGAGCCGCCUCCGAUCUUCACCAAAGAGCUUGAAGACCAGUUCGUCAAGAUCUGCGAACACCUUACACUUAAUUGUCACAUCGUCGUACCACCUUGGCCGAGGAGCGUCGUCUGGUAUAACAAAGAGGGCAAAAUUGAGGCUGGAGAUAGGUACCAUGUAACAGAGGACGGUGUAGGCGGCUACCUGCUAGAAGUACAGUCAGCGGAGUGGCCCGAUGAGGGCGAGUGGAAGUGCGUGGCCACCUCGGCAGGGGGCAGGGUCGGCAUAUCCACCUGCCAUGUCGUCAUGGAAGUCCCGAAGAACUAUCGAAAGCCACGUUUCAUGGAGAACCUUCAGGCGGUGCUCACGGACGAGGGUCUGGUCUCCUUUGAGUGCAAGGUGGUCGGAUUCCCAACCCCAGUGCUGAGCUGGUUCAAGGAUGGCCAGGAGUUAAAGCCAGGAGAUGUUUACCAACUGACAGGCACCAACUCCCUAGGCUCGUACUGCUGCAUCGCCCGCAACUGCAUGGGUCAGGCCAGCAGCUCGGCCGAGCUGACAGUAGAAGACAUCCAAAACCAGCUGAACGAGGAGGAGAAACUCCAGCUGUUCACGAAACACCAGGCGCCCAAGUUCGUCCAGGGCUUGCAGAGUGCUGAGGCGCGGAUUGACGAGCCAUUCCAUUUUACUAUUAAAGUUGCCAUUCCACCCGAGCCGACGGUCCUGUGGUACCGAGACGACCAGCCAGUGGACGACUCCCCCCGCUGCCACCUCGCCAAGGAGGACCGAGGCAUCUUCAACCUCGACAUCAAGAACUUGGAGUUCCUCGACCAGGCCGAAUGGAAGUGCGUCGCCAUGAAUGAAUUCGGCCACAGCGUCACCUCCUGCUUCCUUAAACUGAUCAUCCCUAGACACUUUAAGAAACCAAGGUUCUUGGAGAACCUUCAGGCUAUUCUCUCUGAGGAAGGCGCUGUGAACUUAGAGUGCAAGGUUAUUGGUGUACCGCAACCUGUCCUCAAGUGGUAUAAGGACGGUGAAGAGCUCAAGCCUGGGGAUAUACACAGAAUCAUAUCUGGACAGGAUGGUACUUGUUGCCUAGGAACAUACACUUGUGAAGCGCAGAAUUGUAUGGGAAUCGCCGCCAGCUCCGCCUCGCUUCUCGGCUUUGACGACUCAAUGAAGGCCAAGAAGAAAAUAGCAGACGAACAAGCAUUGCAAAGAAAUUUGUCGCUUAGUACGAUACACGAAGAACGAACGUCGCAGAUGUACGAUACCCCGGUGGGAGAUAUAACUCUUGACGAUAAAGGAGAGAUUUCAUUUUCCUUUGAUGGAAAAGAAGUCUCUGUAUCGUUGUAUGAGACCCCGGAUUUAACCGAAGAAGAAGCACUUCAAAUAGUCGAGAUGUAUGCUGAUCAGCUAUCCGAGAAUGUUACUGAACAUAACGUAGUUGAGCUGCCACCGCUUAGGUUUGUUAAAGAAACAUCAACUUCAGGCAAUCUGCUCAUGGAAGCUAUCAUAAUUGAUGUGUCUCCAGAAUAUUUUGCAUCGCCUGAAGAAGAUUUAAGAACGGAAGCCGAUGUAGAAGAUAUUUCAAUAGCAGAUGAAAAUGGCGUACCUCAACUAUCAUUAGACACAGAUUUAGGCGAAGACUAUUUAGAAAAAACUAUGGCUCUAUUAUCGGAUGAAAAGUCUGAUAUGCCUAAAAAGGUAGCUAGGAAGAAGUCAGAUUCUCUUAGAAGUGGAGAAGAUUUCUUUAGUUUAUCUCGAGAACAAUCAAUCUCUGAAGAAAAAAGAGAUGACGAUACGCAAGUUAUGUCUGAAAGUGAUUUGGCUAGUUUUGCCAGCGCCCGAAGUUACGGUAAACAUAAAUCUAAAUCUUCUCGACGAUCAAUUGAUGAUGGUAGAGAAUCGUCAGAAACGAAGACAAUUCUUCAUAAAGUUGAUGUAGAAGAGGUUAGGGAAGUUAAAUCUGAAAUUAAAGAAAUCAAGACCGAAAUACAAGAAACUGAACAGAAAAGAGCUGAGACGGAAACCCCUGUAAUUAAGCCAAAGCGAGAACGGCGAAGCAGUCGGGGUUCUCGACGCUCUAGCUCAGGUAGUGAGAAGUCUUAUAGCAAGGCUAGAGAAGAGCUGUUACAAGUAAGAACAGAGGUAGAGCCCAAACCUAAAAUGACGGAUGAAGAAUUCAAGAGCCAAGUAACUGAAGUUAGUUCAACAAUAUCUAAAGUUAUUAAUGAUGUACAAAUCAUUGAACGAGAUAUAAUAUUGAAAUCAGAGUUAAUGUCAUCUGCUGCUACAGCUUCAAGAAGUUUAGAAAUCAUAAGCAGUCUGAUCACCCCCCUAUCUGAAAUACACAGUAUAUCAGAGGCUGCCAAGGAAUCUCUACAAGCUAAAGAGGUUACUACUAUAUUCAACAAUCUUCCUCAAUCGAUGAAAGCUUUACAACAAUCCCUAACAAUAGUUGAAAAAUGUAUCGAUAUGGAAGGCGAAAACAAGACUCUUGUAAAGAAAACAUGUGUGGCAUUUAUAGAGACGUGUGGAAACGAAAUUCAGAAAGUUAUGUCGGAUAUUAACUCCGUCACCUUGACAGACUAUCUACAGGCAGACGAAAGCGUAAUAAGAGAAAUUCAAACUUUAACAAAAGAAAUGACAAACGUUAUAAAGUAUUCAUCAGAUACUAUUAAAACAAGAAACCUGUUGAGCGAAGCAAGUGAAAUAAAGACGGAAGAAACAUCAAUAGAUGCAAAGCACCUUAAGGACACUCAAAAAGCUGUGUUUGAGUUAAGAAGUCCCGUUAACUCCUUGCUUUGCAUAGCUGAGAGUGCAGAAAGUGGAAAAAUGAUAGAUGUAACGAAAAUAAAAAAUAGCGAAGUAAUACUUAAUGACAUGUCUGCCUCGAUACAAGACUUACAAGUAGCUUUAGAGCAGAUAGAGUCACUGUCAGUAAAAGAAUCAACGACCUCAUUAAACAAGUACAAUACGGAAAUAAUUGAAACAGUUAUGGAUUCCGUUCUAAAACUGAGGAUGUCAUUUGAACAAUUGUCAACGGAAACAAGAAGUGAAGACGAUAAGCUAGUUUUGAAACAGGCUUUAACAUCUAUAACACAGAAUUUAAGUGAGAUUUCAACACACAUUGAUAAAAUAGAGAGUAAUGUUGGAAGAUUCGAUAUCCUACAAAGCGACAAUAAACUGGAAGUCUUACAAAAAAUGGCUCAAAUACUUAUAGCGUUAGAAAAUAAUUUACCUCGUCUUGAAUCUUUACCAGAUGUCAAGCUACAUUUGGACGUAUUCCAUAAAAACCUUACGAAAGCUUUGGAAAAUGUGAUUGAAAGUAAUGAAGCUAAGAAAUAUUUCGCCUUGACAGAAAUAUGUGAUGUUGUUAACAGAGUAAACGCAGCCAUCAAAACUAUAGAUUCGGACAGCAUAUUGUCUUUGGCAAGUCUUAAUAAUACGAUGGGGAUAGUCCAAGAUCACUUUAUUAAUAAUAUAUUUGAUUCCGAGCUGAAUUGUGCUAUAUUGAGCAAUAUCAGCGAUGUAUUGGUAAAUAUACAAGAAGCUAUUAAUCAAGCUGAUGAAAUCAGCUUACACAUUGACUCGGAGCACAUUAUUACACAAGAUAUUUUGUCAUACGAAACUGGUAAAGCCGUUGUUGCUUUAGAGCGUAUAGAACACACCAUAGCAGCUGUAAAUAAAGUUAAAUCUCUUGAAUGUGAAAAAGAACUAAAAGACGCCAUUACACCAGUUCUAGAAAAUGUAUGUCCAGUUUUAGAAGAGCUUAAGCGAAGUGUAGCAUCAAUAGUUUCAGGACGAGUUGAACAGCAUGAAAAUGUUUCUGAGAUGUCUGAUGUGCAGUCAGUAGCGCAGACUAUAGCCUCGUCUCUUUGUGAACUAAAUGAAAAUAUUAUGGUUAUAAAUCAAACAAUAGUAGAACAUAUUGAGAGCUUGAAAGAAAACAGUGAAGUCUUUGUAACAGUAGCAGAACCACUACACGAAUUGUACACAACACUUGAGACAUUACAACAAGUUGUUAUAUCACAAUACGGAGAAGAUGUGACGCCAUAUGAAGUAAGUGUGAAUAUGGCAAAUGCUGUACAAAAUCUUCACAGCUGUAUUGUAAUGAUUCGCGAACAAGGUGGCAUAGAAAUUGCUGACGAAAUGUCGACUCUAGAAGACAUAUCGGGCAUAAAAACAACUGCUGAUACUUUACCUUCAGACCGGUUAGUAUUACCUGAAGCUGCAGAAACAACCGCUGAGCAUGUAGUUAGUUCUUUACACCAAGACAUUGCACCAUCUGCUACAGCUCAAGCAUUACAGUCUUUAAAUGAUCACAUCACAGUUUUACAGAAUCCUGAUGUUAUUGAUGCUUUAGACACAUUAUCUGAAGUUAGCGAUUACUCAAGCUUAAAAUCUGUUGCGUUAGGAUUAGGAGAGCUUCAUUCUGGCAUACAAGAGAUCUUGCAUCCCUUUAUUUUGGAGACUUCGGAUGAAAUGGCUCAUUUAAAUACGUCGAAGUUAUUGGCCAUUGCAGAACCUAUGCAAGACUUACAGCAAUGUUUGUCUGUACUAGAUGUUACUAAUAUACCAAUAUACGAACACAUUCUUGAAAUGGCAUCAGACAAAAUACAUUCCGUUUUUCAAAGUAUCGCAGAAUUCAAAGAAAAUCUCGAUAAAUGUAUUCAUGCUGUAUUCCCUGCAAUGGAGACUGCCGAUAAAACGAUUGAAAUAUCAAACAAGGUAGAAAGUUUACGCGCUGUAUGUGAGCAUCUGAAGGAUAUAAUUGAAAAUACCAAGUCUAUAUCAACUGAAGCACCAGUUAAACAAGAGGUUAUUGCUCUUGGAGAGACAGUAAACAACUUACUAGAUGCGACAGAUGUGUCUAAGGGAAUAAAGAUAGAACAAGUCAAAUCAGUUACUCAAGAACUGUACGAAAAUGUGAUUAACGUACAAGAGGAACUCAUUCAGUUUACACCUCAGGCGCCAGAAAAAUUAGCCCAGGAAGCAAACCUGAUACAAGUUAUAGAUAAAGUUGAACGAAACAUAGCUGUUUUAGAAGAAUAUGAUUUUGUUGAUUUGUCAAGAGCUUCCGAUAUGUCGUGCGCUUCUCCCCAGAUAGCUCUUGAGAUAGAAACAGAUGCUCUGAUACAAAUGGAUGAUGUAGUGCAAUGUGCUGUCGGUAUUAUUCAAGAUUCAAGUAAUGAAACACCCGUAGCCGAUUUGAUGAUGGUAGAAGACUUCUUCAAAAACUGUAAAAAUGAGUUUGCUCUGCUUCGGUGUUUAUUGACCAAAAAGCUGAGCCAUAAGAGGAUCAUACGGCUAUUGCAGGAAUUUAAUGCUUUGAAACAAACUAUCAACGAUUUCAAAGUGAAGCAAAGUGAACUCCACCUAGCUGAAGAUAUUAGUAAAUCUCUUAAUACAUUUUUUGGCUAUUGCAAUGAAUGCCUGACCAGCGUUCAAGACUCACUCAUUAAGAUUGUUGAUUCGCAAUCUGAUUUACUUUUCAGGGCGCCUAUUACUAAGCUUGAUGCUACAAAAGAGGUUCUGAGUGAAAUUCUUGCAAGCAGUAAAUUUACACCUUUAGAAGAUGUGGCCCAACGGUUUGUCAAUAUCAUAGAGAUUGCAAAGCCGUGUCUGCAGAGAGUCGAAACUGUCAUCCAUGAAGAAAUUAAAUUUAAUGCAAUAGUUGUUGAAGAUAAGGCCUUACUGGCGGCGAUGGACGAUGCAGAAACAUUUAUAGAAGAACAAAUACUAACCAAGUCUGAGCUCACAGUAGAGUCUAGAAAAAUAUUACAAAAAGUUUUAGACUGCAUUCAGAAACACCACGAUUAUAAGGAUGCCACAGGCACUGGUAAAACGCUCAUACUCCUUAAGUGUCUCGCUGAGUGUUCUGAUAUUUUGCAAGAAAAUAUGUCGGAAUCCAAACUAGAAAUAAUAGAACGCAAAUUCGAAGAUACAGCUUUAAAAAAUGUGCUAGCAGAAAUGUUGGCUCCUCUUCAAGCAUUGCAUCAUCAACUCCUGAAUAUACAAGAGCAAGUAUCAACUGUAAUGGAAGAUGAAGUGGUGUCAGUUGAUCUGACCUCAACAGAAUCAUUUGCACAAGCUAUGUGUGAAAUACAACAAGAUAUGAAACAGUUAGAACAGCACGUAUCAGAGGGCACUGUAGUUGAUAGCGCUGAAAAGACAAUGAUACUGGAACUGGAUAAAGAAAUUCAUACAAUACAAGACAGUAUAAUGUCCAUUGAAAAUGUUACAAGUGAAGACAAGGAAAAGGUUUCCAAGCCGAUGGCGGAAAUAGAAAAAUCUUUGAAAACAUUGCUGGAGACGGAGAGUAAGGCAGCGGCAAAAGAUAAGACUCCUGACUUGGUGCAAAGUGUCGACAAUUGUAUCGAACUCAUUGAAAUUGUUGAAGAAAUAUCAACCAUCAUGAAAAUUGAUAAUGUUACUGAAUCUGCAAAACUUGCUCAAGAAUUACGUGAAAGUGUAGUCAAUAGUCAAGUUGAACAAAUGGAUGCCACGAAGGAGCUUAGUGAAGAAAGUAAAGAGAUAAGUAUGCAACAAGCUAGUAUAGCUAUGCAAUUAAAAGAUGCACUCACAUCUAUUCAAUUGCAAGUUAUAGAGAGUACAAAGGAGUUAGAGCCUGAGCUUAAAAAUCAGGUUGUACUGCGAAUCGAGCAAGCUGCUGAACAGUUACAAAAUUUAGUCACACUAGCAGAAGUUAAGGCCGAGGAACCGAAACAAAUCGAAGUUUCUGUCGAAUCAAUGAAAACUGACACAAAGACAAGAGAAGGUAAACUUCCAGUCGAACAAAGUCAAACAAAAGUUACUGAAGAUUUAAAAACUGAGACGGCUAUGGUUUCUGAAAUAAAACAAUUAGAUGAAGCUAAAGGAAUUGACGAAGUUAUUAGGGAACAAGUACACAUUGAAAAAGCUCGUCAAGUUAAAGAAGAUACAAACGAAGUACUGGAAAAGACCCAAGUGGCAGAUGAACUAGAGGUAUCUCAAAAAUUGGACGCUGCAAAAGAAAUUAAACCAGUGCCAUUGAUUGGUGAGACUUUCGACAUUAUAACGAUAGAACAACUUUCAACAAUUGAAACUUGCGUUUCAAUUAUUGUUGAGGGUAAAACUGACCCACUUGUUACAGAGGCUGAGAAAGCUAAAUUAGUUGAGGAAGAAAAAGAAGCAGCUGCCUUAAAAGAAAAGAAAACGGUGGUAUCUGCAGUUGACCUUGUGCAACGCAUUGAUGAAUAUCUUACUCAAGAUUUGGAAAAAACUGAUCUAGUCGGUGACAUUAAUGUAAAAACUAAAAUCGUUAACGUAGCUAACGAUUUGCGUAAAACUCUAAGUAUGGCUAAAACAAGUGAGCAAGUGGUACUUAUGCAAGAACUACAUGAUUUAGUUAUCAAACAAACUGAACAUGUAUCGGCGUCAAUAACUGACGUCAGUGAGCAGUCAUGUAAUGCUACAAUACGUUUAUGUGAAACUCUAGCUAGUGUAAUAAAUUCAUUCCAAAAAGAUAUUGAAAAAGAAGAAAGUAUUCCCGUUGCAGACCUUGUACAACGCAUCGAUGAAUAUCUCACUCAAGAUUUGGAAAAAACCGAUCUAGCCGGUGAAAUUAAUGAAAAAACUAAAAUCGUUAACGUAGCUAACGAGUUGCGUGAAACUCUAAAUAUUGCUGAAUCCAGUGAACAACUGGAACUAAUGAAAGAACUACAUGAUUUAGUUAUAAAACAAACUGAACAUGUAUUGGCGUCAAUAACUGACGUCAGUGAGCAAUCAUCUAAUGCUACAAUACGUUUAUGUGAAACUUUAGCUAGUGUAAUAAAUUUAUGUCAACAAGAUAUUGUAAAAGAAGAAGAAAUAACCGAUUUAACUAAGGAAGAAGAAGAUUUAAGUAAAGAAAUUGGCAAGGAAGUAGAAGAAAGUAUUCUAGAAGAAAUAACUAAAGAUACGGCCCAAGAAGAAGAGCUAUGUAAGAAAUCGGGCAUUGAAAAAAUUGACCAAAGCCAACAAAUGGUCAUUGAUGAACAUAAAAUCGACGUAACUGUAGUCGAUCAGGAACAUAAAAUCAAAGAAGUUGAGGAAAUGGUAAAACCAGAACAAGGUCAAAUUACUGAAUCUCACGCAGCUGAAGUAAGCUUAAUGGAGCCGCCUAUUGAAACACAUGAGCUUGUAUCACCAGAAUUUGCAUCAGAACAAUUGACUGUAACUGUUGAUUCGGAACAAAAUAAAUUUGAAAGCACUGGUGAAAAAGUUAUCACUGUUGUAGAUGACAAGGAAGUCAUCCAGCCAGAGGAAUCUUCUGAAACAAGUACUUCCUUCAUUGAAUUACAGGAAAUUGCGCCUAAAAUAAUUGAGGAAAAAGAACAGGUUUUAGCAGAAUCACUGAAACUAGAAACAUCGAUGAGCAACCAAAAAGAACAGAAAGAAAUAACUUCAGUCAAGCAAAUCGAAGACGACUCCCAAGAACUCGGUGCUAUUUCCACAGGUGAACCUAUUCCAGAAGUGCAAGAAGCCAUUUCAACUCCUGUAGAAGUGGAAAACGAUAAAGUAAUAGCUUCUAAAGUUGCAGAAAUUUCAGAAGUUGCUCCUGAUGAAGUACAUGAUAUGGAAACUAGACAAGUUGAAAAGCCGCAAACUAUUGAGCCUCUAGAAGUAACUGAAGUAGGCCUCGAGAAACCUGAUGUAAUAGAAGCCCGUGAAGUUGAUACAAGCAUUUUGCAAAAACACCUAGCAUCGGAACAAACCAUACAAGAUCUGAAUGUAUCUACUGUUGAAGAUAAUCAAGCGCUAGCAACGUCCAUAGAGACACUAGUAACACACUUAGAUGAAUUCAUAACCGAAAGUUGUAAGACUGUCGAUAUCUUCGUUAUGAAUAAAGAAUUGGAAGAAUCUUUAUCACUCGCAAAAUCAUUGGAAGAUGAUCUCAAAGAUAAGAACAAAAAGGAAGUAUUUAAAGAAAUAGGCGAACAACAGAUCAAGUUAUCCAUUGAACUAAAAGAGGCCCUGAACCGAAUAGAAAUUGCUGUACUUGAGAAUGUUGGAGAUGUAGUAAAUACAGAGGAAUUAAUUAAAAAAGUAGCCGAAGUUACUGACGUUUUAAGAUCUGAUUUGGACGGUAUUAUUAAAGUAUCACAAAUAGCUAUACAACAUACUGAGACGAAUGGAAAUGAGCAAGCCGUGCCUCAUACUGGAGAAGAAAGUAAAAUGCAUAAAGAAUUUGUGGCUGACAGUGCAUCUGCCGAACAUUCAGUUGUGAAUGUACUAGAACUGACAGUUGACACUGAUGAACCUGUAGUAGAUGCUUGUGAAAGCAAAAUCAAACCUGAAGAUUCGCCUGAAAAGACAAAAGAUUCUCAAAGGGAAGAAAAAUCGGCAGAUAUUCAUACAACUGCAUUACAAAAAGAAAUGGCAAAGGAUUUCGAAACCAAAGAAAUAGCUAUACCUAAUUUCGAAACGUUUAUGCAACACAUUAACGAGUAUGUGUCUGAAAACGUGUCAGACAUUUUACAUACAUUAUCCAAUAUUGUACAAAGCGAGGCGAUGACACAAUCCAUAACAAUCGCUAAAGAAGUGCAGGAAAAUUUCCAUAAUAUUGAAAAUAUUCAAGAUUUAGAUAGGAAAACUGUAGAAAAAAUAGAAAUUCUUCAUAAACUCCAAAAUGCAUUAGUAGUUUUACAAGUUUACACUAAUGAUGCCACGGAAGAUCUGAAAUCGAAUCUUGGAGAGGGUUUAUCUGAUUUGGCUAAAUUAGCAACACACCUCAGCGCUGAUUUAGAAUCGGUACUAUCUCAAGCCAAAUUAGUUUUAUCUGAAACAAAUACAGAUAAUUCUACCCCAACGCAUGUAGUUGACAAAUUUUCAGGAGAAACUACAUCAAUAGAUUCUACUGAAAAACAAACUUCUAAAGAUAUUCAUCAGUCUGAUAAGUUAGAUAAAAAAGACUUAUCGGAACAACUCAAUUCUCAAGAUCAGCCCAAAUCUGAUCAACCCAUACUCGAAGUCCCCAACAUUUCUGAAAACGAAACUGCAAGUGAAGCUAAAAGCUUAGAUCAAGUAGCGUCACUAGAAUUAUUAACAACAUCAGUAGGUGAAGCAACAGAAAGACUGGCGGCCAUAUUGACACAAUCAAUCAGGGACGAAGAAGUACAAAAACUCCAAGAUCAAGACGUAAACCAGCCAAUUGAAAGUAUAGAAUGCGUGAAUGAUACAAAUCUUAGUGCCAUUACCUAUCAAAUCCAGGAAGAAAAUGUAACCACUGCAGUAAAGACGGAGGAUAUGAAAGAUGAAACAACUGAAACUAAAGUGAAAAUGCCAAUUGAAACACUUUUGCAACACCUCAAUGAAUACACAACCGAAAUAACACACACACUACAAUCUAUACCACUUGAUACUGAAAUCGUCGAUGAAUCGUUACAUUCGGCAUAUGAUUUGAUCAUGAUUAUUUCGGAUAUCGAUGCUGUUGAAGAAGAUCAUGGUAAAUAUUGUGAACUGACUGACAUGAAAGCUGGUCAAGAUAAACAAGUCCCUUUUGUAACAGAACAUGUGGAUGGAGAUAAUGAAAAUAAAGUAACUGUUACAAAUGUCGAAGUAGUAAAACUACAAAAAGACCAAACUGACGUUUUAGAACAGACUAAAAGUAUUGUUGCCAAAAAUACUGCAGAUAUAAUAAAACUUGCUACGAAACUUCAAACGGGUUUGAGUGUCAUCGAAACAUAUGUCCUAGAAAAUAUCGCAGGGAAGCCUAAUUUGCAAAAAUUAACUGCUGUCGUAACAAAUUUAAAGUUGGAUUUAGAAAAUCUUGAACUUACAUCUAUUACAAAAGAACAAAUAGAUAAAAACGCUAAAACUUCGAUGACAGUGGAGAAUAUUAAUAAAGCGUCAGAAUUGUUGUCAGAAGUGAAUAUUAAAUUAGAAAAAAGUCAAAUAAGCCAAGUUAAGGAAACAGAUACUGAUACUGAUUUUUCCGUUGUUUUGGAUAAAAAAGAUAAACCCUUAUCUGAAGCGAACGUGCAUAAAUGCAUUAGUGUUAAAGCUGAUGAAAACAUUGAAAAUAAAACAAUAGGAGAUAAUCAAUAUUGCGAAGAAGAAGUUACAAAGGUUACACUUGAUUUAGAUUCUGCCGCAGACUUAUUCGAAGAUGCUACUGUCAUAGAAACUCCUACCCUAUUAGAAUCAAUUGUUGAUAAAAAAGAUGGUACUAUUGAAACGCCUGUGGCAUUGGACACUACUUCAGAUUUAUUUGAAGAUGCUAUUUCUAUAGAAUCACCAACAGUAUUGGAAACUUUAGUCAAAAAAGAUGAGGUCAUUAUUGAAACUCCAACCAUUUUGGAAUCAGCUACAGAGGUAGAAUUUAUGGCUGCUAAAGAUAUGUUAUCAAAUGUGUCAGAAACUCCAUAUCAAACGGAACAACUUGUAACUGAGACAGCGACAAUUUUAGAAUCUGUCACUAAAAAAGAAAAUGUUGAUAUACCUACAGUAGUUUCAGAGCCUUACAUUGACACAAAUGCUUGCAUGUUAAGUCCAACAAUAUUGGAAACUUCAACCGCUAUUUCAGAAGAAAUUACAGCAUUAAUACCCACAGCUACAGAAACUACAAUUGACAAACUUGAGAUAAAAUCUUCUACAGUACUAGAAGAGCCUGCUGUUCUAGUUGUUACAGAGCAAGUUGCAGCGGAAUCUGUAAAAAUCUUAGAAACAACUGCUAAAGUAAAAGAAGAGAAAAAACCAGCGGAUUUGGCUACUUUAGACAUCGUUCACGUAGCUAUUGAGGAAACUCCUGAUAUUUUAGAAAGUACUAAGGAUAUUCCCGAGAAAGACCAUUUGGUAGAGUCGACUGUUAUAGAGAAUUCGUUUAAUAAUGAAGAAGUGUUGGUAAAAUUACCUGACGUUAUACAAACUGCUGCUAAUUUGGAACUACAAGCAGAAAUAAGUACAUGUGAAAUGACUGAAAUAACCACAGAAUGGUCAGAAAGCUUGUCUGCCACAGAACCUACAAUUACAAUAGAACAAGAACAAUCAGUUAAACAUUCUGAAGCUUUAGUAAUAGAAACGCCAGAUAUUUUAGAAACAACUGCUGAUGUACCUAAGAAUGAAGGUCCACAAGAAACACCCAUAAUCAUGGAAAAUACUAUAGAAACAGAACCAAUUUCAGUAGAAUUAGUUACUAUCUUACAAUCCACGCAAGAAUUAGACAAAAUAGAAGCUGAUAAAAUGCAAGCUAUUAUAGAGUCGUCAAAUAGUUUAUUAGAAAAAACAUUAACAAAUGAAACACACAACUUUACGGAGCCAAUUCUAGAUAAACAACUUUGUACAGAGGAAUUGCAAAAUACUGCAGAAAAUUUAACUGAUAUGGAGUUGUCAGCUAUUGUGUCAACCUUUGAGGUUGCAGAAAAAUUAAGUGAUCCACUAGACACGUUGAUUGCAGUAGAAACACUAGCUAUAACAGACAUUAAUUCAGAACAAGUUACAGUAGAACCUACUACGGUAUCUACUAUGGAUACAGAUAAAGUAAUCGUAAUGGAAACAACUGUUUUAGAGACAACAAAUGAAUUGGUGGAUAACGGGUCGUUGAUAGAGAUGCCCAAUACCACGGAAUGCAGUAUAAUUACAGAGCCAACCACAGUAGAUACACCUACCGUAUUAGAAUCUGUAAGGGAUUUGGAAAAAUUGAAUGUAACUGAAACAACUGUUGCUGUUGAAGCAAGCUCUGAUUUGAAUCAGGCUACUAUUACAGAAACUCCAACUAUGGUACACUCAGAUGUAUUAGAACUUGCUAUGGAAUCUACUAUGGAUACGGAUAAAGUGAUCGUAAUGGAAACAGCUGUUUCAGAAACAACAAAUGAAUUGGUGGAUAACGUGCCGUUGAUGGAGAUACACAAUACCAUGGAAAACAGUAUAAUUACAGAACAGAUUAUGGUAGAUACACCUACUGCAUUAGAAUCUGUAAGUGAUUUGGAAAAGUUGGAUGUGACUGAAACUACUGAUGCUGUUGAAGCAAGCACUGAUUUGAUACAGGCUCCUAUUACAGAAACCCCGACUAUGGUAUAUUCAGAUGUAGUAGAACCUACUACCGAAUCUACUAUGGAUACAGAUAAAGUGGUCGUAAUGGAAACAACUGUUUUAGAGACAACAAAUGAAUUGGUGGAUAACGGGUCGUUGAUAGAGAUGCUCAAUACCACGGAAUGCAGUAUAAUUACAGAGCCAACCACAGUAGAUACACCUACUGUAUUAGAAUCUAUAAGGGAUUUGGAAAAAUUUGAUGUAACUGAAACAACUGUUGCUGUUGAAGCAAGCUCUGAUUUGAAUCAGGCUACUAUUACACAAACUCCAACUAUGGUUCAUUCAGGUGUAGUAUUAGAAUCUACUAUGGAUACGGAUAAAGGGAUCGUAAUGGAAACAGCUGUUUUAGAAACAACAAAUGAAUUGGUAGAUAACGUGCCGUUGAUGGAGAUACACAAUACCAUGGAAAGCAGUAUAAUUACAGAACAGAUUAUAGUAGAUACACCUACUGCAUUAGAAUCUGUAAGUGAUUUGGAAAAGUUGGAUGAGACUGAAACUACUGAUGCUGUUGAAGUAAGCACUCAUUUAAUACAGGCCACUAUUACAGAAACCCCGACUAUGGUGCAUUCAGAUGUAGUAGAACCUACUACCGAAUCUACUAUGGAUACAGAUAAAGUGAUCGUAAUGGAAACAACUGUUUUAGAGACAACAAAUGAAUUGGUGGAUAACGGGUCGUUGACGGAGACGCCCAAUAGCACGGAAUGCAGUAUAAUUACAGAGUCAACAACAGUAGAUACACCUACCGUAUUAGAAUCUGUAAGUGAUUUGGAAAAAAUGGAUGUAACUGAAACAACUAAUGUUGUUGAAGCAAGCUCUGAUUUGAAUCAGGCUACUAUUACAGAAACUCCAACUAUGGUACAUUCAGAUGUAGUAGAAUCUACUAUGGAUACGGAUAAAGGGAUCGUAAUGGAAACAGCUGUUUUAGAAACAACAAAUGAAUUGGUGGAUAACGUGCCGUUGAUGGAGAUACACAAUACCAUGGAAAGCAGUAUAAUUACAGAACAGAUUAUAGUAGAUACACCUACUGCAUUAGAAUCUGUAAGUGAUUUGGAAAAGUUAGAUGUGACUGAAACUACUAAUGCUGUUGAAGCAAGCACCGAUUUGAUACAGGCUACUAUUACAGAAACCCCAACCAUGGGACAUUCAGAUGUAGUAGAACCUACUACCGAAUCUACUAUGGAUACAGAUAAAGUGAUCGUAAUGGAAACAGCUGUUUUAGAAACAACAAAUGAAUUGGUGGAUAACGUGCCGUUGAUGGAGAUACACAAUACCAUGGAAAGCAGUAUAAUUACAGAACAGAUUAUAGUAGAUACACCUACUGCAUUAGAAUCUGUAAGUGAUUUGGAAAAGUUACAUGUGACUGAAACUACUAAUGCUGUUGAAGCAAGCACCGAUUUGAUACAGGCUACUAUUACAGAAACCCCAACUAUGGUACAUUCAGAUGUAGUAGAACCUACUACCGAAUCUACUAUAGAUACAGAUAAAGUGAUCGUAAUGGAUACAACUGUUUUAGAGACAACAAAUGAAUUGGUGGAUAACGGGUCGUUGACGGAGACGCCCAAUACCACGGAAUGCAGUAUAAUUACAGAGUCAACAACAGUAGAUACACCUACCGUAUUAGAAUCUAUAAAGGAUUUGGAAAAAUUGGAUGUAACUGAAACAACUGUUGCUGUUGAAGCAAGCUCUGAUUUGAAUCAGGCUACUAUUACAGAAACUCCAACUAUGGUACAUUCAGAUGUAGUAUUAGAAUCUACUAUGGAUACGGAUAAAGGGAUCGUAAUGGAAACAGCUGUUUUAGAAACAACAAAUGAAUUGGUAGAUAACGUGCCGUUGAUGGAGAUACACAAUAUCACGGAAAGCAGUAUAAUUACAGAACAGAUUAUAGUAGAUACACCUACUGCAUUCGAAUCUGUAAGUGAUUUGGAAACGUUGGAUGUGACUAAAACUACUGAUGCUGUUGAAUCAAGCACUGAUUUGACACAGGCUACUAUUACAGAAACUCCGACCAUGGUAUAUUCAGUUGUUGAAGAAAUAAUGAAUGAUUACGAAUUAUCUAAUGUCAAACGAACUGUUAAAGAUUCAAUUCAAGAAGCUGUCAAAAAAACCUUUGAAAUUACGGAAACAGCAACAGAUUUUCAAGAAAAAGUUUCAGUAAUCAACACACCUACUUUGACGGACAUACCUGCUGAUGCAGAACGAGUAUUUACAACCUCAGUUCUAAUUUUACAAUCUCCUAUAGUAACCGACGAUGCUGUUAUGGAUAUUACAGAUGUCUUGGAAGCAACCUCUGUUAUGCUAGAAAAUGUAGUUUCAGUUGAAUCCGAAAGUAUUACUGAUGGAAAUAUUAAUAUGGAGCAGAUUAUAGUUGAAUCACCCAUUAUUUUACAAUCAGUUCCUGAUAUGGAAGAAAUAGCUACGUUAGCACAACCUAAUGUGGUAGAAACAUCACUUGAUUUGAUACACAAAGUCUCUAUCAAUGAAACUCCUUCUGUCUUAGACAAUGAAUUGACAAAUGAAAAUAUAUCUGAUAUCAAACAAUCUGUUACUGAUUUGAUACAAGAAGCUAUUGAGCAAGCAUGUCAUAUAACAAAAACGACAACGGAUGUACUACAAAAAGUUUCUGAAGAGACACCGGCUGUGAUAGACUCCACAUCUGUGUUGAAAUCUCCUAUGGAAUCGGAGCAUGUUGUUGCACCAGAAACUCUAGAUGUCCUAGAAACAACCACGAGUCUGUUAGAAAAUGUGACUGAAGUCGAACCUCAGACACUUGCAGCUAGCAAAAUAAACGAAAAGCAAAUUGUAGUGGAAUCACCGACUGUGUUACUAUCCACAACUGAUUUAGUAAAAAUAGAUGAUAUAGAAGCAUUUAACGCCACUAUUACGUCAACAGAUAUGUUUGAAAACGUGUCUAUCAUGGAACCACUAUCCAUCUUAGAACCUAUCGAGGAACAAUUAGUGCUAGAUGCAGCAAUCUUGGAAUCGGCAGUAGUAACAGAAGAGAGUCUUGACAAACAACAAGCUGACAGCGAGACUACAAUUAUUGUUAAUGAUACUUUGAGUAUAGAUACUAGUAGCGCGGCAACUGCGAAACUUAUUGAAGAACCAUUAGAAUCAGUUACGAUUUCACAACAAACAACAGACACUUUGAAAACCGCUGAUUUUCAACAGGAAUUAACUGUACCGGAAGAAAUCAGUGAAACCCGGUCAGAAGAGGAUAUCCAAAAACCAAUUGAAACGGCCACUCUUGUUCAACACAUAGACGAGCUAACUUCAGCUUCUAUAGCUAAAACCGUCGAGGUUCUCUCGAAAGUCAUUGAUGUCAGUGAACUCAAAGAGUCAAUAGCGGUUGCGAAUGAAUUAAAGGACAGUUUUAUUGAAGUUGAGAAAGCCAAAGCAGAAGAAGUUUCAAAAGAACAAGCCAAAUUGGUUGAAAAACUUCAAGGAGCUUUAGAAGCUUUUCAAACUAUUGUUAUAGAAAAUACUGAAAAUAUUGCUCAAAAUUUGGAUGUAAACGAAUGGGCCAAAGUAAGCGAAGUUGUAACACAUUUACAAGAUGAUUUGGCUAGAGCAACUAUUACGGAACCAACGACAGAAAUGGCAGGAGAAUCAAUGCACCACCUCGAAACCUUACUCCAAGAGGUCACCGACAAAAUCGGAACCACGGAGCGAUCUUCAGACGACACAGAAUCAUUACGUGAUAAUCUCGACGAGAUCCAAACCGUUAUCAUUAAGCUGAAGAGAGAUUAUGAUGGUGCAUCGAAUGACACGCUCAAUGAAACUCUAGAGGAUUUAGAGUGCAGUGUGAGGAGUGUCCAACUGCAGAUCACUGAGGACAGCCCACCGGAGCUGUUGCAAGAAGCUUGUGCAACAUUACAAUUGUUGGUUAAUAACAUGAGUGCUACAGAGGAUAUUACAGGUACCGUAGUAAAGGAAGUGAAAACAGAUAGUUUACUAGAAAAAUGUUCUGAUGAAACUGAGGCAACGGUAAAGUUACUAAACAUUGCAAUUGAAAAUAAAGAUUUGAGAAAAAUAGUGGAAAACCUUAAUAUUCUUAGAGAUAUCAUGCAACUUCUCAGAAACAAUUUCCUAAAAGACGCAGACACUUUAAUUGACAAAGGCGUUGAAGUCAUACAAAGUUUAGAUCAGGUAGAAGAGAAAGUGUUUGCUUUAGAAAAAGAUAUAGUUGAUAUACCAGAAGCGGUAAAAGAGAGUAUAUUUAAUGCGGUACAUUCUGUAUAUGGCAGUAUAUCUAACAUGAGGAGUACUGUUCAAAGUAUACAGAAGAGAUACAUGCAUGACAACUACGGCAAACCAUCUGAAAGUAUUUUGAAAGCAAUAAAGAAUGUACAAAAUAAGGACUACAAAAACUUUUCGAAGUCCCUUCGAAAAGUUCUGAAUCACUUUGAAGAUAUCAAGUUUUAUAUUAACUUGGAUAAAACUGCAAGAUUACCGAGUGACGCUGCAUUUACCAAAAUUAUUCUUAAUGAAUUAAAGUUAACUAUUAAUGAAACUGUUAAACCACAUUCCAUAUCCAGUCCAGAGGUUGCUAUAACUGUCUUAACAGCUAUUAAACGCAUAGAAUCAAAUCUUAAUAAGAUAGAGUCCUUGACUACUUUAGAAGUAAAACAAAAAAUACCAAUUUUUAAAGAAAUAGCAACACUUCUACUAAAAAUGACUGAUGCAAUUGCUAAAUCUUCUGAGAAAGAAGAUAUUGUUUUAGAAGACAGCGCAGAUGUUAAAACUGAUGUUGAAACUCACGAAAAAGUUGAAGUAACACAAUCGAAUGACCUAGAAGAUAAUAAAUUGGCUGACACUGUGCAAUUAUUAGAAAGUACUACAGAAGAAUUAAAGGUUUUAGAUCAGCAAAUAGAUCAUUCGGCAAUUAGAAAUGAAGCGGAAGCUCUAGUAAGUGAAACAAUUGACUCCUCAAGUGAGUUAAAAAUGACUGCGGAAAUAGUCACCGAAGCAAAGACAGAUACCACAACAACAGAUAAAAUUACUACGGAGGAAAGUAUCGAUGAAAACCUCAAAGAGGUUUCAAAAGACAGCGAACAGGAAGAUACUGCAACUCUGGCAAGUAAAGGCGAAAAACCUCAAAAAGCUGAUCUUUCUGUAAAACAAGAGUUGACGCCGACAGUUGAGCCUCAGCCAAGUACAUCAAAACAGGAAGACAUGGAAUCAGUAUUAUCAAUCGGUAAAGAAGAACCAAGUGUAAAACAAGAACCGGCUGCUAGUUUUGAAUCAAGUGAAAAUAAAACUCAACAAGCCAGUCUUAAGGUGGACGAAAGCAUAAAGAAAGACCAUUUGGAAGAGAUUCUGAAACCAGAAGAUAAGGGAAUCAAAAUAGAACAAAAGGCAGAUGUGUUAGACAAGAAAGAAGAAGAACCAAAAGCAGAAACACAAGAACCAGUAAUAUCUAAAAAGAUCAAAAGCUUAAAGCCAAAGAAAGACGAAGAAACGCAAACAGAUGAUGAAGAAGAGGUAAUAAAAGAUUUAACCAAGAAAGCCCAAGAGACAAAAAUACAAAAGUCGAAAACAGAUCAAGAUGUCGAAAAAGCUUCGUCUGAAGAAGCACCUGAUUCCGAGCUACAGGUGAGCACCUUGGACAAAUUAAAAGAUAUAGAAGUCUCUAUUAAAAACGAACAAGAGGAUAUUAAAGGUUUUCUUCAAGAACAUAAACCAAUCACAGAAAACGAGGAGGUUGUAGUAAAGCAAAAGUCCGAACAAGAAGAAAAAGACAAUAAGGUAGGAUUAUUACAAGAAGAACAAUUGAAAAAUCAGAAAGAUAAUAUUUCAGCUCAGGAAGAACGAGAAACACAACAGGAUAAGGAAGAAACACAGAAGAAAGUUGACAUUGUAGCUCAAAAAGAAGUAAAAGAUAGUGAGCUUAAGGAAUCACUAGAAAAGAAAGCUUCAGCUUCAGCUUCAGAAGAAGAAAAAGAGCCUAAUUUUAAAGAAGACCAACAAAGCAAAGAGUUUGAGCAGAUAGAAGAGAGGAUUCAACCAGCACAGGUAGUUAAAGAAACUACUUCCAAAGAAGAAACAAGAGAAGAUUUAAAAGCAGAAGAAAGGAAAACCUUGCACGAAGAAUUUAGAGAAACGGACACUAAGAUAGAACAGGAAAACAAAGAAGCUAAGGAUGAAUUAGAUAAAGUUGAUCAUGCUAAACCUAAAGAAAUGAAAGGUAUGCAAACUGAGGAACAAGAAGUAGAUAAGGCUGACCUUGACAAACAAGAUGAAAAAGAAGCAAAAUUGAAACAAAUAGCAGAAGCAAAAGAGACUCUGCUUAAGAAACAAGAAGAAGAAGAAGAAGCUAAACUUAAGGCAAAACAAGAAAAGAAAGAAGCUAAGCUUAAAAAAAUACAAGAAGACAAAGAUGCUAAGCUUAAAAAAGAACAGGAACAAAAAGAUGCUAAAGUUAAACAAGAACAAAAAGAGAAUGAAGCGCGACUUAAACGAGAGCAAGAUGAAAAGGAAGCAAAGCUUAGGACCGAAGAAGAAGAAGAACAAAAGCAGGCCACAAUUAAGAAAGAACAAGAGAAAAUUGAUGCUAAACUUAAACAAGAAGAAAAAGACGCUCAGCCUACAGAAGAGCAUGGAAACACUGAAGUGAGCCUUAGGAAAGAGCAAGAAAAUAAAGAAGCUACACUCAAACAGAAACAAGAGAGAGAUGAAAAGACUGAAUUACGAGAAGACAAACUUAAGGAAAAACAAGAGGAUCAUGAGGCUACUCCGAAACAGAGACAGCACGGGCAUGUAACUGACCUUAAGUCCGAAGGAUCAGAAGAGGCUAAGCUCAAGAAAGAACACGAAGAAAAUAUUAAAAUUGAACAAGAAAGUGAUGAAACUUCUGUUCAAAAAGAAAUGAAGGAGCAAAACGAAAAGCUCCAAAUAGAAGAAGAGAUAAGAGAUGAUAAACUCAAGAAAGAACAGGAGGAAAAAGAUUCCGUGGUUAAAGCAGAACAAGAAACAAUUGAAGCUGCUGUCAAAAAAGACAUGAAGGAGAAACAAACCGAGCCAAAACUAAAAGAGAAAGAAGAAAAAGAGGCUAAGCUCAAAAGAGAACAGGACGAGAUAGCUAAAAUUGAACAAGAAAAGAAUGAGGCUGUUGUCAGGAAAGAAAAGGAGGAGCAAGAAGCUAAGCUUAAAGUAGAGGAAGAAAAGAAAGAGGCUAACCUCAAAAAAGAACAAAAGAAAAAAGAUGCAAUGGUUAAAGCGGAAGAAGAUGGUAAGCUGACAAAAGAAUUAGAAGAACAUGAUGCUAAACCCAAAGAAGAUCAAGAAAAGGAAGAAGCUUCUCUUAAGAACGAAGUGAUGAAAAAGGAAAGUCAGCUUAAACAAGUAAACGAAGCACAAGAAUCACUUAAUAAAGAUACACAGGAGAAAAUGCCUGGCCUCAAAGAAGAGCAAAAGACGAGAGAUGAGCAGAAUCAGGUAAUAAAGGAGGAGAAAGAGUGUAUUCUCGAAAAGAAGGAUGAUUCUGAGCGUGAAGCAGCUCAGGAUAACACAGAAGCCAAGGUUGAGGAUCAAAUACAUAAAGAUACAUUGCUUCAAGAAAAAACAGAAACAAGAAAGGGAGAAGCUGAACUUAAAACACAGGAAAAAGAGAAGGAUAUCACGUCUGAAACGGAUCAAGAGAAAAGAGAUGCUAUACUGAAGCAAGAAGAAAGAGAGGCACAGCUUAAGAACGAUCAGGAGGAAAAUGACGCCAAUCUUAGGACCGAAGAAGAAGAAAAACAGGCUAGGCUUAGAAAAGAACAAGAAGAAUAUGUUUCAAAAUUAAAGAAAGAACAGGAAGAGAAAGAGGUUCAGAUCAAGAAAGACCAAGAGGAAAGAGAAGCUCAACUCAAGAAAGAACAAGAAGAGCAAGAAAUAAAACUGAAACAAAUACAAGAAGCUAAAGAGGCUUUACUUAAGAAACAAGAAGAAGAAAAAGAAGCUAAACUUAAGGCAAAACAAGAGAAGAAAGACGCCAAGCUUAAAAAAAUACAAGAAGACAAAAUAGCUAAGAUUAAAAAGGAACAAGAAGAAAAAGAUGCUAAACUUAAACAAGAACAGGAAGAGAAAGAGGCGCAACUCAAAAAAGAAGCGGAAGCUAAACUUAAGGCUGAACAAGAGGAGAAAGAAGCAGUCAUUAAAGAACAAGAACAAAUAAAAGCUAAGAUUAAGAAAGAACAAGAGGAAAAAGAAGCUAAACUUAAGUUCGAGGAAGAAAAGAAAGAAGCUUCCCUUAAGAAAGAACGAGAGGAGAAGGAAGCUAAGCUUAAAGCAGAAAAAGAAGAAAAUGAGGCGAAGCUUAGGAAAGAACAACAUGAAAAGGAUGCUAAACUUAAGUUAGAGGAAGAAAAGAAAGAAGCUACUCUUAAAGCAGAACAAGAAGAAAAGGAUGCUAAGCUCAAAAAGGAACAGGCGGACAAGGAUGCUAAACUUAAAGCGGAGGAGGAAAAGAAAGAAGCUACUCUUAAGAAUGAACGAGAGGAGAAGGAAGCUAAGCUUAAAGCAGAACAAGAAGAAAAGGAUGCUAAGCUCAAAAAGGAACAGGCGGACAAGGAUGCUAAACUUAAAGCGGAGGAUGAAAAGAAAGAAGCUUCUCGUAAGAAAGAACAAGAGGAGAAGGAAAUUAAGCUUAAAGCAGAAAAAGAAGUAAAGGAUGCUAAGCUUAAAAAGGAACAAGCGGAAAAUGAUGCCAAAAUUAAAGUAGAGGAAGAAAGGAAAGACGCUGCUCUGAAGAAAGAACAAGAAGAGAAGGAAGCAGAACAAACACAGAAAGAGGCUCAGCUCAAAAAGGAAAAGGAGGAAAAUGAUGCUAGUCUUAAAUUAGAACUAGAAUUGAGAGAAGCAAAACUUAAGAAAGAACAAGAAGAAGAGGAUGCGAAACUGAAAGCAAAACUAGAACGGAAGAAAGCUAAGCUAGAAAAAAUACAAAAAGAUAAAGAGGCAAAGCUCAAGAAGGAACAAGAAGAAAAGGAUGCUAAACUUAAGCAAGAACAAGAGGAGAGGGAGGUUGAGCUUAAAAAAGAACGAGACGAAAAGGAAGCCUUAUUAAAGCCGGAACAAGAAGAGAAAACAGCAACGGUUAAGAAAAACAAAGAGGAACAAGAAGACAAAGUAAUAAAAGAACAAAAGGAGGAAACUAAAGUCAAAAAAGAAAAAUCCGAAACAGAAAAACUUAACGAAAAACGCACGGAAAAGAAACGUGAAAAAAUGGAAGAAGAGAACACUAUUAAAAUGGGUACUAAAACUGCCCAAGAAGAGAUCGAUGAGAGAUCUAAAAUCGAAAAAGAUAUAAACAAGAGAAAAGCGAGUGCUUCCAAAGAUGACGAAAAACCGAUGCUCUCGGACACAUACAAGACAAAGGAUGAAAAGUUGAAAAAAGGUGAAAGUGAAAUCGAUAUUCAAAGGAAAAGAAGGACUUCGAUCGACAAGGAUAAGGGAGAGACUAGAACCAGAGACACUCGUCGUGAAAAUGGGGAUAUGUAUAGAGAAUCACAGAGAGGUGAUAUUAGCUCGUACAGAGAGAGGAAAGUAGACAGUAGGUUUAAAUCAGACUCACAUCAACAAAGGCAUGAUGAAAAGCGUACAUUUGUAGACUAUAGCGCCAAAGACUAUACCUCAGAAACUCGCUUACAAUAUCACAGAGAUGAUGAGAAACGUAGAUUCGUCGAUCAUAGUUCUAGAGACUACACCUCCGAGUUUGCAAGACCAUCUAGCUACAGAGAAAAAACUUAUGAACCUGAUAAUUUCCAUCUCGACACAGUUGGUAAAGGGAUGACUAUAUACAAAGCACAAAAUUUAGUGUUAGAUGCAGAACUACGUUCAGGACCUCUUCCAGAUUUGCGUUCAUCUGUACCCCGUCUUGAUUCUCGAAGAAGCGAACCUACAGACAGAAGAACAGACUUGAAACACAAAACGAAAGCAGUUAGUGAAGCAAGAAGUGUUUUAUCAGAAAAACGCUCAAGCAUGCCUCGAGAUGUGAGAAGAAAGCCCGUGUUUUCUACUUAUUUGACUGACAGAACUGCCGUGGAAGGCUCUAGAGUGAAAUUAACAUGUAGCGUUCUUUCGUCCGCCGAACCUUCCAUCACUUGGUACAAAAAUGGCGUGAUGAUUGAUAAUAAACUAAAGUAUAGAACCAAGUUUGUAGAUGGUCUUGUUACUUUGGAAGUUCUGAAUGCAGUACCAGCGGAUUCGGCAGAAUAUAACUGUACGGUGGAGAACGAGAAUGGAUCCGUCAGUAGUACGGCUACUUUGAAAGUGUAUCCCAGUUUCGAGGCGUCGCCGAUACCGCCGACUUUCACAAGAUCAAUCAGAGACACGUACCACCUCGCCGAAAACGAGCUGGUCCUGGAAUGCCGCAUCCGCGGACAGCCGCUCCCCACCAUAACCUGGCUGAAAGACGACCGACCAAUCACCGACGACCGUUACCAGGCCUACUACCUCGCCGACGGAGUCUGCCGGAUAGCUAUAAGUCAUCCGAUACCGGAGGAUAGCGGGAAAUAUACAUGUAAAGCGGAGAGUUCAGUCUGGUGCGAUCAGAUCACGCAUGUCGUCAGUUUCACUGGUAAACAGACUCGUCUAAGCCCCAACAUCCAGACAAUCGAGCGUUCCCGCUUCACACGCCAAGCCAUGGAGUCCCGCCGUCCCCAUUUCACCAACGUACUCACCGACUACAAAGUUUCUCGAGGGGGCACGAUAGGCCUCCAAGUCGAAAUCCGAGGAUGCCCUACAAGAGUUGAAUGGCUCAGAGAAGGGAAAUCUGUCACAGAUGUGUACAGACACGCUAAGACUUAUGUGGAGCAAGGAUUAUAUACGCUAGCUUUGUCUGAUGUCACCGAAAAGGAGACGGGUCUGUAUACGUGCAGAGCGUGGAGUACGCAUGGGAAUGUGGAUAUGAAUGCAGCGAUAACAGUGGUGCAUUCUGAAUCAGAUGGAAAACCGGCUAUCAUUGUUGGGAGACCUGAAAAGGAUGUGUUGAUAUCGGUGGGAGAGGAUUUGAAUAUUUCUUUUAGGGUGCAAGGGGAACCGAAGCCUAAAGUUGUCUUCAUGAAAGGCACCCGCGACAUCACCAACAGCCAACGAGUCUGCAAAAUGACGUCCGAUGACUACGUCAAGUUUACCGUCAAGAGGUCCGUGGUGUCCGAUGCUGGCACGUACUGCAUAUUCGCGAGGAACGCGUACGGGUGUGAUCGCGCGUUUGUCACAGUUGUGGUCCGACAGAGAGCGUCGUCAGAGAACCUGAUUUCAGACUGGACGUAUCCGUUGGAUGACUCCGCCAUUUCUUACGGCAGUCGGAAUUAUGACACCGUGCCUCGUAUACCGAGCGAGCCCAGUGUCGUGGACGGUGGAAACAACUGGGUGUCGCUAGCCUGGCCGAAACCGGACACGACCACCCCUGUCCUUGCUUAUAAAGUUGAGAGCUGGUUGCUUGGCAAGGAAGGAGGCGCGCGAUGGCUUGAGCUGGGAAUAACCCCAAGAAAUUGCUUCGAUGUGUUCAACUUAAAGCAAGGAGAGCAUUAUCACUUUAGAGUGACUUUAAGAAAUCGCUACGGCUGGGGUGAAUCCGUACAAACUUCAACGCCAAUAGGAAUUGGCUUGACUGGCGACCGUCCCGAGUUUGUAGACAUACUACCAGGACAAUUGAAAGUCCUCAUUGGAACGACGGCGAACUUAAGUUGUAGCGUUAAAGGCAAGCCUGUACCCGAGGUUGUUUGGAUGAGGAAUGGUCAGGAGAUCGAAGACGAGCGAAUGAAGGCUUCGUUCAACGGGUACGAAUGUAGUCUGGUGAUCAGUGAUGUCAGGGAGGAGGAUGAGGCCAGGUACAGCUGCGAGGCCGGCAACGAGCACGGCCGGUCGUCGACGUACGCUCGGAUGUCAGUCGUUACGGACAAACUGCUGUGGGAAGCUGAUGCGAAACUGAAAAGAGAGCGCUCCUCCGACGUAUCCGGCGACUAUCCUCCUCAGUUCACGAUGCGGCUCCGUGACCGGCGCGUGCAGGCGACGUAUCCGGUCCGACUCACAUGUCAGGUCGUCGGGUGUCCGACGCCGAGCAUCACCUGGUAUAAGGACGGCGAGGAGGUGUAUAAAGACAAUCGCCAUACGCACUUCAAAGAUGAGCUAUUCCACACACUAGAGAUCGCGCCGUGCACGUUAGAGGACGGCGGCGUGUACUCGUGCACGGCACGGAACUCAAGCGGCGCGGUGUCGUGCCGGUGCAGUCUCGUGGUCGAUAAGGGGAUCCGCGCGUACGUGGCGCCCGAGCUUUGCUGCGGCUUGGAGCCGCUUUAUAGGCUCCGGGAAGGUGAUGAACUCAGAAUAACAGCCGUAGUAGAAGCGUACCCAUCAGUCGGUGUGACCUGGUACCGCGACGGCAUCCGUCUCCGUCCCUCCCGCCGGGCGGUCAUGACACUAGACAGAGACGGACAGAUAGAGCUGGCUCUGGCGUCGGUGACGGCGCGGGACGCGGGGGUUUAUACGUGCACAGCGGCCAAUGAAGUUGGGAGUGCGUCUACAUCGGGAAAGGUGGAGGUUAUAGAGGGACCAGUGGUUGAGAAAAGGGCACCGCCGACACUGGUUGGUCCAGACGUUCCGUAUUCCAAAGAGCCCAUGUUCAUCCGAAAGCCGCGGUCUAGCGAGGCCUACGAGGGCGACACCGUCAUCAUAGAGUGCGAGGUCACGGGAGACCCCAAACCUGAUGUCUACUGGUUGCGAGACUUCCUCAAGCCCGAUUACUACCGCGACGCGAGCCACUUCAAACGAGUAGGCGCCGGCCCAGAGUACAGAUUUGAGAUCCCACACGCCAAACUAGACUACACUGGCGCCUAUUCUGUCGUCGCUAGGAACGUCCAUGGGGAAGCUAAAGCUAUUAUUUCUCUGCAAAUCUUGGCUAAAGAUCUCACGUCAGGGGAUGAUUCUCACAAUGUCACAUACGGCCGUGUGGACGUCAUACCCCGCUUCGAGCGGAACCUCAACGAUCUGUUGAGCUACGAUGGUGACGCUGUUGAGUUCGAGUGUCGAGUCAGCGGGCAUCCCGAGCCUGACAUCAGGUGGUACCACUACGCUGAGUUGAUCCGCGACUGCCCCUACCUGGAGUGCACGUUCGAUUCCGGCGCCGCCAGGCUGAAGAUCAAGCAAGUUACGGCCGAUGACGAAGGCACUUACACUUGCGAGGCCUAUAAUAACCUUGGCAAGGCGUCUACUAGCGCUUGUCUAGUCGUGUACCCGCCCGGCGAACCGAACACGCUAUCAGCGCGCCUGCGCCGGCCGCUCUCCGCCGCCUCCACCCCCCGCUCCACACCCCGCUCCACACCCCGCUCCACACCCGCACGGUCGCUCUCCAGGACGACUACCCCCGCACCCGACAUGAAGCGGCUAUCCAGCCCGACGCGCCAAACGGCGCCCAGUUUCUACACAUAUCCCUUCAACAAGGUCGUCGAGGAGGGUGAAACGGUCGUCUUCCAAUGCGCCGUAAGAGGCCUCCCCUCCCCCUGGGCCACGUGGGACAAGGACGGGGUUAUAGUUACCCCCUCCUCUCGCAUCACGAUCAAAGAAAAAGACGAGAUAAGGAAGCUUGAAAUCGAACAUGUAACAAUUGAAGACGUAGGCUUAUACAGAAUCAGUAUUGAGAAUGACUACGGAAGAGCGGAAGGCACAGCGAGGCUUGAAGUUAUAACGCAGAAGGGGAAAUUCCACGCUGGCGUCAGGGCGUACAGCGCGUCGCCGCGACGCUUGGCGCCAUAUAGGAAAAGGAGCACAUCUAUAUCGAAAGACUGAGCUCGGAAUUGAAACGGAGCUGCGAGUGUUUUUUUUUUCAAUUAUUUAUCUGUGCAUUUUACUUUUAAUUGACUUUUCGUACGGUCAGUCAGUCAAGACCUCGAAGUUCAAGCAUGUUAUUUGACAGUGAACUGUUUACUGGCGAAAAUAAGUUUAUUUUAUUUUAUUUGUUUGUUAUUGGUUUGUAUUUAAUUUACGUUAUACUAUUAUUUUCCCUCUCGUGUAUGAGGGGAGGGCUGGGUUGUGCCAAGCAGUGGGACGUGUAUAGGCUGAAUUGUUUAUUAUUAUACUAUUAUUUAUUGAUUUUGCUUGAGUUUUGAUGAAUUCUGGUCACUGGCCGCAUACGAAGUGGAAAAAUGUUAAGUUUUUGUUUUACUUGUUAGGUUGUGUUUAUCGCUACACACAUUUUCGUCAAUUUCCUAUCGUAUAAUUUCAGCUAACGUAAAAUUUGUAUAAUCUAUUAUUAAUAUUACUGUGAAAUAAAGUUACUACAUAUUGAAACAGCAAUUUUAUUAAAGAGUAUAUAGGCAUCAAUUUGCGGUGAUUUGAUAACCUCAAUAAGUAUAUUCUAUUAUUCAUCAAUCGGACAUAAUCAUAAAAUGAUGAUAGAUAAUCUUAUUCGUCAUUAUCGGUUCAGAUUAGAUUAUUAAAAUUUAACGGGAGGAAAAAUUGACAAACCGAAGUACCGUUUUGAUUAGACUACACGUAUGGCUUAGAUGUAUUGUGUGAAGUGACGUUCCUGACUAUAGCUUAUUAUUAUUAUUUUUAAUAGAUACAUGUUUUGCCAAUCCAAAGUUCGAUGCGCACGUAAACACCGAUGUUUACGUAAAUAUUUACAUAAAAAAUAGAUAAUUUAUUUUGGGGUAAGUAUACCAAUUAGACAUUAUACUU